GAGUAAAGUGCGCUUUGUAGUCGCUUUGUAGACGGAUCGCCAUGACGUUAAAAUUAUUGUAGUUUCAAAAAGUAGUUUUUUUUCUAACAUUAAAAGGGGGUUAAGUGUUACGAUAUUUCAAUGGAUACAAAAUCGAUCAUAGUCGUGUUCUUUGUAGGCACACUUUUUAGUGCCUCGCCUGUCCAAGGCUCUACAGAAUAUAAUCGAUAUUUGGGGCAGAUAUUUCAAAAAUAUGGCGACGGUGGGAACAUCAACUUUGAGGGCCUCGAACACUUGAUGUUUAGUUUGGGAUUGGGACAAAUUCAAUUUGAACCUUCGCACACCCUGAAAGAGCAUCGACCCCAGGGCUACAACGAAACGAAAGUCAACUCAAGUGCCAUUGGGCAGCAGACCAAACUUAAUACACCAGGUGAAGAUGCCGCACCUGAUGUGCAAGUAGUGGUCAUCAGAAAUCAUACAGAUGUAACGAGUUCCGUGCCUGACUUCUUGGAAAUACACGAUCCCAAGCAUCGUCACCCCAGAGAAAGCAGAGCAGCACCAGAAGGCGAGCCGUUACCUGCAGCUGGCUGUCUAUCCCCCAAGUCCCUGCUCUCGCUCCUCGUAGAUCACAAUGAUUUACACAAGAAUAAACUAUAUCGAAGAGUAUUUACAAAGGACACAACUAUGGCUGAGGAACGACCCCACAACCAUGAAGAAGAAUACAAUGAGUUUAUUAACUCAGUGCGCAUUACGCCAAAAGCGUUUAUGAAGUUGUGUCCCGCACUUUUAUCCCAAAUAGACAAUGGCGUGUGCAUUCAGCCAGUUCUUCGCACGCAUUAUGAACAGAAUGCCAAAUACAAAAUAUGGAGUACGUGGUUAUAUGCAAGUAUCUCGAUGCUUGUUCUUUCCGUGUGCGGUUUAUUGGGCAUUCUGCUCGUUCCGUUGAUGAAAACAACGUCAUAUCAAGAGAUACUGAAGUUCUUAGUGGCCAUUGCGGUGGGGACUUUAGCUGGUGACGCUCUCAUGCAUUUGCUACCCCAUGCUUUGUUUAAAGAGAAAAAACAUGAGCAAUCUGUCGAUUCGAUGAUCGAAACUGGCCACAAGCAUAGUAGUGAAGCUGCUCUUUUGUGCGGAUGCUGUUUUUUGUCCGCAUUGUUUAUGUACAUGUUGGAAAAUCUGUUGCCUCUAUUGAAGGAUAAUCAGCUGACUCACGGUCAUAGUCAUGGACAUGGUCACUCGCACGCCCACAUGGACAAACCGCAGGAAGCUUUACCGCCACGCGAAUUGAACACCAUGUUGCAGGAGUCCAAGUUGGAUAAGAAAUCACCUGAGCGUCCACUUACGUCCGUUGCUCUCAUGGUCAUAAUAGGAGAUGGACUGCACAAUCUUACAGAUGGUUUGGCAAUUGGAGCUGCCUUUGCUAGUGAUCCUGUUACAGGUUUAGCAACCACUUUUGCUGUCCUGUGCCAUGAACUGCCUCACGAACUGGGUGACUUUGCUUUACUCCUCCAAACAGGGGUAUCGAUUCGUCGGGCUGUUUAUAUGAAUAUUGUAAGUUCAGUUUUAAGUUUUGUAGGAAUGUCGAUAGGAUUAUUUGUUGCUGGAGUCGGCAAUGGUAUGACCCAAUGGAUUUAUGCGGCUACAGCUGGCUCUUUUCUUUAUAUAGCUUUUGCAGAUCUAGUACCUACCAUGAGUGUAGCUCAUAAUCCAAAUAUCGCAAAAGAUCCAAAAGGAAUUCUAAUACAAAUAUUUGGUAUUUUGUUGGGAGGUUUAAUAAUGUUACUGAUAGCAGUGCAUGAGCAUGACUUGGAGGGUUUGUUCAAAAGUUUCUAAUGCACCGAAAUGAAACAACAACCAUUGAAUGUUUUUUUUUUAGGAAUCUCAGUCUUAGAAUUUACAUAAAUUAAUGAUAAAAAUCCCCACCUGGUGAACUGUUUUAAGACCAAUCAAUAGUUGCAACUAAAUGUUAAGCCAGGGAAUACAAUAAAAAAAAAUUCAAAUUCUUA